UCCAGUAAUCGAGUAACGAAUUGUUCAUAACGUUCCGGUUCUUGUAAAUGGAUCCAGAGGAUUCCAUUCGAGUUUUAUCGGAUUACUUGAGUGUCGCGGAUUUGGUUACCACCUGGAAUCGCUUGUAAUUUGCAAAUUAUGUCUCACGAAAAAAACGGUUGGAAAGUACAUUGUUCGUUGGAAAAAUUCAAACCGAUGAAAGAGGAAAUGACGGAAUAACGAGGGGUGCAUAAAUUCUCCUGGUACCCGUCACGAUUAGUAACACCUGUUUCAGCUGGCUGCUUAUUUCUUCCUAAUUUCACGAAAAAGUAAAAUCUCGUCAAAAACAGCCGCGGAUCUACAGGGUGGUAAAAUAGGUAUGCCCACCCCGGAGUUCGAAGCGGUCAAUAUUCUGGAGACCCUCGAAUCGGGAUUGGCUUAUCUUCCUGGGGGACGAGACCGCGAAGGACGACCUCUGGUUGUGGUGAAUGUUCCGCCUGGUGAAUCUCCUUCCACCACAAAAUCGAAACUGAAAACUCUACUCGAAUAUUACCUCUCCAUAUUCAGCGAAGAUACCAAACAAAAUGGUCUCUGUCUUCUUAUUGAUGCCCGUUAUGCCGUGUGGCGCGUUGCAAGAACUUUUAUUCGAUUAUCAACUCUACUUUUGGGUAAAAAUGCAACUUCUGCGAUUGCAGUUCGACCUGAUGGUUUUUGGGAUAAGCGGGUUGACAAUUGCACAAAAUCUCAUAAAGAGGGCGAGCCAGUUUACAUCCCAAUAUCAAGAUUAUACAAUUUUAUUGACCCUACGCAGUUAACUUACGACCUGGGAGGGACCAAACCCUACGACCAUACAGAAUGGAUUCAGUCUCGUGUGCGCAUCGAGGAACAUACAAACGACGCUCUAAAAUUGAUUACAAAAAUGACCGACCUACGAGAUAGAUUAAGAAGCCUUGAGGGGAUUCGUUCAAGGGAAUCCAAAGAUAAUCUCUCUUCCUUUUGGGAAAUCGGCACCGAAGUUACGUAUGCUGCUCGUCGAAUUCUUCAUACAGGACGUUCGUUAAUUAGCAGCAUGAGUAGAGAUUCAGCUCAGGAUGUAUUAGAUGCAGUUCAGGAAAUUCACAAAGUCUUAGAUUCGAUUGAACUCAAACAAGUAGAAGUUGAAAAUGCUUGGACCGAGAUGGAGAGAAAUCUAGAUACAGUUAGAGAAAUAAAGAACUUGGAGGAAGGUGUGUCUAAAGUAACAAACUGGAUCCUAGGUCCAGCAGAUUCUAUGCUUAACGCACGUUACCACAUUGGAUUUGAUGUGGCUUCCUCUGAAGAAUUAAGAAGAGAACAUGAAAAAUUAGAACUCGAGUGUCGGGACACAUACGGACGGUAUGCUGAACUUCUUCACAGAAUAGAUAAUGUGCCAAAUGGGUGUAUAUCCGAUGAUCUCAAAUCCCAAAGAGAUUUUAUGGAUUUUGUAUGUAGGAGCUUUGCUACUAGAUUAGAAAGACGAAGAAACGUUCUUAUCACUUCCCAAAGAUUUUUUAGACUCGUUUCUGAGUAUUUUGAUAAAACAAGUGAAGUCUUUGAUAAGUUAAUUAUGGGUAAUAGAUCACAUGAUUAUUCGCAAGCAGAAGCCAAGUUGCAGAAGCUUGAGAAAAGUCAAGCCAUGUUAGAAACUCUUGAGAAUGACUUGGUGAAAGAAGGUGAAAAGUUGUCAGAUAUUCUUUCGAUGCCAGUCAAGGAUGCUUUAUGUCGGGAUGUUCAUGUUGAUUAUGAAGAAGAUAUUAUCAACGUUCGAGACAUAUUGGACGCGACAAAUGCUAGAAAGAACAUAUUUAAUGACAGUGUUGAGUUACAAAAAUUGACCCUUAAACAAAUUGGAAUGGUGCAUACAUACGAGAGUGAUGCAGAACAGGCAGUUCUCUGGUUAGAUGAUCUAUUUGAUGUACUUUUGGGGGGUCACGUGGAGAUUGGUUGCAAUAUGAACGAAAUUCAGUCUCAAAAGGAGGAGCAUCAAUCCUUUCAGGAUACAGCAAAGGGCACAUUCGAGUACGGAUGCCAGCUGAUAAACGGAGCCCGAGUCCUCAGGCUCUCUUGUAAAUUACCAUUGGAGGAAAAUACCGAUUUAUUAGGUAGAUUGCGACAAGCCUGGAGACAACUACACUCGGUUGGGCAAGAGCAGCUCACCAGAUUGAGGGUUUGUGCCGUUUUUCACAGGAAUGUUGAUGAUCAUUGCAAACAAUUGACAGAGUUGAUUCAAAUUGCGAAAAAUAUACAAAGAAAACGAAAGUCAAAAUCGGAAACCACUGCUUCGCCAGAAACUGAUAUUUGUCCAAAAGAAGGAAUUAGAGAAGUGUUAAUAAAGAGAGAAAAGCUCCUACCGGAAGUUGGUCGCAUGGUGAGGCUUGGGAGGCUUUUAAGAACGAGGCUAAAAGAACCUUUGCGUAUGUCCGACUCGGAGAGAAGAUCUCCGGAUGAAAGUGGAAAUUUGUCAGCGAUAGAGUCAAUUUCGAAUAAAUUGAUGGAAGUUACGGAGCUCGCGGAAAAGUUGGAUGCAAAACUCAGUGAAGCUGGAGCAAGAAAUCGAGGAAGUCCAGAAAAUCUGGAGACUGAUUUAGUAAAGUCGGAUGACAAGUUUGUUGGUAACAGUUCAAGCCGCUUGAGCUCUCCGCGUCUGGUUUCUUCAACCGCUGAGAUGAUGAAAAAGGAAGAAAGAAAGGAGACUCUGAAUGAGACUUCAGAUGAAAAAAAAUCGACUGAAAAUGUCGAUGAUUCGAAUAUUGAAGAAUACGUGACGGCAACAGAGUGUUCAACUACUCCGGUUUUUCGAUCUAGAAGCGAAUCAAUCUUGACGUGUUCAGAAUAUGAAGACGCUGUCAAUGCAUUGGCGAGCAGGAGUGUGGACCAGGCUUCAUCGCCAAUAGAAUAUGUUAUACCGACAAUAUCAGAGAAAAAAAGCGAACCAGCGAUUAUCAAACCAAUAGCUAUAAAAUCUACAGUGACAGGUCCUACGAAACAAGAAGCGACGGAGUGUGAUCGAGCUGUAACGAUUCAAAGGUUCACUGAGGAAAAAACUGGAAAGGUAGUUAAAGAAGUCACGGAAACAACAACAUUACGAGUGUCUCAGGACACUCGAAUGGGAGUCUCGUCUUAUAAAUUGGUUUCCAAUACAACACAUGACAAUCACGAACAUUGCGAUAUAAAAAAAAUGCAAGAUUUAAAACUUACCUUAGAAAGUGAAGCUGCUCCAGGCUUAGACAUUAGCAAUUCCGAAAUAACGAAAAACGACGUUUUCUGCAAAAAAAACGAUUUAGAUCCUUCCAAGCAGGCCAAUGGAAAUUUUUCAGGUUUCGAUUCAAAGUCAUGGUCAUGCGAGCAAGAGGAGCAAUCUUACGCUUCAAAUGUUUCGAAUGGAUCCGCUUCAAUGAUUAAAUAUAAUCAAAUAAAAAUGAUUGAAGCUCGUCAAGCAAAUGUUUUAUCUUCAAAUUAUGAGAGAACGAAGGAAGAAUCGAAAGAUGCGGAAAGGGGAGUAAAUGGAGGAUUUGAAGAAGCCGAAUUUUUUACAAAAGCUCGAAUGGUGAGUCGUGCUGAAGAGAUUUCACAAUAUAGCAAAUUCAGAAUGGCUCUUCACAAUAGACUAUCUGCGUGCGAAUAAAGCUCAGCUAUCACUACUAGUUUCCUAGUAGUUUCAUGGACAGCUACCUCAUUGGAGGAAAUCCAAUUUGAUUUUUUGUUCUAACCUAACAACGCCAUAAUCAUUCAAAUUAAUACAAAAAUGCAAUGCAAGCACGAUUGUAUAAGCAUAUAAUCCAAUAAUGCCUUGGCUCGUCGCAAUUAAUCCAAUAAUGAUGUUGUAUUGUUACGUAUUUAAUACUGUAUUUUUAUUUUUGUAAAUAAAGCAUUUUUGAAUCA